GAUUCAGUUUAUGGGUAUAUGAGUUCAAUCCACUAAAAGAACGUAUUCACUUAGCACUGGCGGUCCUUUCACCUAAAAGACAACUGCAAGGCAAGGACUUGGUUUAUCAAUUUGAACUGGCUAUCGAUGCUUAUGCUAAUGAUUCAGAAGUAGGUAACACGAUUGUGAUCUUUAUUGGAAAUAUCGGGAAUUUGCAUGAAUUUAAAGUUAAA